AUGUCGCCAGCACUCUUCGAUGAAAGCAGACCCAUGGCUAUGUCACUAUUAUUCUUAGGUGCUUUGGCAUUGGUUAUUCUAGCCUAUUUUAUUAGAGCCAUACUUUCUCGACCCCAAAAGUUAGAUUUUCCACUCGUGGGAAAACCAGGUUCUGUCAACUGGCACGAGUCAUUUCGUGAAGGAGCAGCGAGAGUAGAAAGAUCUCCUUCAGCUGAUCCUCCAUUGUACCCUAACACUCCAUUCACCCUUCCUAGCGAUCCUCCUGUGGUUGUCCUACCCCAUUGCACUAACGAGGAAGUCCGUCUCUUCCCUAAAGAAAAUACGUCCUUUUGGAAGGAAAUUGAAAGCAUUUUCUAUACGGCUCAUAUCUUUGGUAGGGGUGCAUCUGUUGUUGUCAAAAUUGUCAAAACUGAUUUGAUAUGUUAUGUUGUAUCAAUUACAGAUUGUAUAAAAGCGAAGAAUACUGUGGUUGAAUGGCCGGCAUGGACAAGAUAUUUUGUAGCACUAUUCCUGCCAGAAAUCAAGAAAGUUCAAUGGCAUAUGAAUAAGGCAGCAGAUUUGUUGAGACUGCUUAUUGAUGGAUGUAUUCGGAGGUUUAGCGAGGGAAAAGGACUGGGCGGAGAAUCGGGUGAUGGAUUUGAAGACGACCAGGGAGCAUUUGUUAUUUGGAUGAUGAAGCACACAAGUCCGGAGCUUAGAGAGAAUCCUCACAACUUGGUCUCAUUGACGAAACUGAAGAAAUUGGAUAGUCUUUUGAAAGAGAGUCAGAGGCUGAGUCCCCCUACCGCAAGCCUCCGCGUAACAACCACUCCCCUUCACCUUUCUACCGGCCACACCAUCCCCAAGGGAACAAGCGUGGAAUACGAUUCCCAUGCAAUCGAAUUGGCAAGCCCCAAUAUCUCUUUGCUUCACCACGAUUCUUCUACUAUGCCCAAACUCGAUCCGCCCAAUGUUUUCUCUCCCUUCUACUUUUCUUCGCCGCGUGAGACUCCGGGAAAUCAAUCCAAAUACCAGUAUGUGACAACGAGUAAGGACUCAAUAAAUUUUGGUCAUGGUAACCACGCAUUUCCAGGUCGUUUCUUUGCAGGGGUUGAACUUAAGGUAGUUAUAGUGGAAUUGUUGAGAAAUUAG